UAUAUGUAUAUUUAUUUAAUUUCUCAGUUCAGCUUGUCUCGGGUUACAUAACAGUUCCCUUUCUUCCAAAAUUGGUAUUUAUUUUUUUUUAUUUUAUUUUCUUUUUUUCAAAAAGUAAUAAAAAAAUAGAGUAAAUAACUAAAUAUGUCUAAUAACUAUGGACCUGGACCUGGCGCUUAUAUGCUGCCCAGCAGCUUUGGUCAAAAAGGACCACAGUACUCUUUUGGCCAAAGGACUGGCCGUAACAGGCACGAGAAAGUUGGUCCUGGACCGGCAGCCUACCGAAUUGAUAAGGUAACCCGAUUCGGCAAGUCAGAGGGCCUGCAGUUCUCCAUGUUGGACAGGAGUCCCCUCAAGAAACACAUACCCAUCAAGUUUCAUUGAUGUUAAACUCAAAAAUUCCCUUAAAUGUUGGUAAUCAGGAUCUUGAAGGGAUAUCUAGAGAUUUAGAUUAUUUUGUGAGAUUCUGCAUGCGCCCAAGUGACUGUCAAAUAAAUUAAAGCAGACUUAGAAUGAA